AUGCAGUACAGACUUUUGUUAGCAGGCGACAGAGCCGACUUCACCACGCUUGAACUCGACCUGAAGACAGGGAAAUUGAGCAUUCUUGCUAAUUAUGCAGCCCCCUUCAAUGCUUCAUGGGUCGAGCUAUCGUCAUCACAAAGGGGCCUUGAUCAACUUGUGGAUCACCUAAAAAGGGCUUGCACAAUUACCAGCCAGUCGCCAACUCUGGGGGCGCCAGGUCACUUCAUCAAGUUGCGUGAUAAUGCUGCACUGGCUCUUGGCACGUAUCUGGGAGGAUCUAUUGCCCUCUAUCCGAUUUCUAUGACAGACGAUGGCAAGAUGCUGCUCCAAAACGCUCCCCGAGCAGAAAUUCUACCGGACUUUCCAUAUCAGUCGGUUGGACACGGUCCUAACAAGGGCCGUCAGCAACAAUGCCAUGUGCAUCAAAUAUUGGAAGACAGCCGAGGCAUACUAUACGCCCCAGAUCUGGGAUCCGAUAGGGUUUGGAUACUUCGGCGUGACGGUGUUCAGCAUCUUGAAGUUUGCGGCUGGCUACAGUGCCCUCCCGGAACAGGCGCUCGACAUGCCGUAUUGACUCCCAAUGAGACGAUAAUGUACGUUAUUGGUGAACUCUCGCACACUGUUAUCGCCUUUGAUGUAUCAGCUGCCCCCGCAGACGGCAUUCCGCCGAUUGAUGGCUUCGCACCGAGUAUAAUCCCCCCGGAGGUUCACCCUGAUCAUCAAGGCAUGAUGGACUCUGCCGAAAUUUGUCUUCAUCCCUCCAUUCCUAAUGUUAUCUACGCCAGUAAUCGCUGGGAGAGGCACAUCGCGCAGCUUGAACCAUACCUCCGCAACGUGCCUCGUGAUCUACCGCCGGGAGAUGCAAUCGCUAUUAUUCUGCUCUCCAGCGAUGGCAGGAAGGUCAUCGACAUCAAGCAAGUACGGACGGGUGUUGAUGUCAUCCGUGGCAUGCGGCUCAGUGACGACGGCAGAUAUGUCGUUGUAGUCGGACAAGAAGGGGGUGGCGUGGAGGUCUAUGAAAUCAACGGGGACAAGGGAGACGAGUGGACUUUAAUAGCUGCCAUGAAGGAGGGAUUAGAGAACGGGAUAAAGCAUGCCAUUUGGUUAUAA